GAAGAAGUGAUGGUCCUUGAAAGAAUCUUACUACAAACAAUAAAGUUUGAUCUGCAAGUGGAACAUCCAUACCAAUUUCUUCUCAAGUAUGCCAAACAACUCAAAGGAGACAAAAAUAAAAUUCAGAAGCUGGUUCAAAUGGCAUGGACAUUUGUCAAUGACAGUCUCUGCACUACACUGUCGCUGCAGUGGGAACCUGAGAUCAUAGCUGUUGCAGUUAUGUACUUAGCAGGCCGUUUGUGUAAGUUUGAAAUACAGGAAUGGACGUCAAAACCAAUGUACAGACGAUGGUGGGAGCAAUUUGUCCAAGAUGUUCCUGUUGAUGUUCUGGAAGACAUCUGUCAUCAGAUCCUGGAUCUGUACUCACAGGGAAAACAGCAAAUGCCUCAUCAUACUCCUCACCAGUUGCAGCAACCACCAUCUCUUCAGUCUACACCCCAGGCACCUACGGUGCAGCAAUCACAGCAAUCCCAGAGUUCAGAGCAGUCACAGACUCAGCAGCAAAAAGAGUCACAACAGUCAGCACAACAGCAGCAGCAGCAGCAGCAGCAAACACAAGCACAGCAAUCUAAAAAGCCCUCUCCCCAGUCAAGUCCUCCUAGACAGAUUAAAAGACCAGCAGCUGUAUCUCCAAAAGAAGAAACAAAGACAUCAGAACCACCACCACCUUCUAAAAUUCCUAAAAUUGAAACUUCACAUCCACCAAUACCUCCUGCACAUCCGCCUCCAGAGCGCAAGCCUCCUCUGACAACCACAGUUUCAAUGGGAGAAGCAGAGCAAUCUGCUACUGUGGACUCAGUAGAUAUGCCGAAGGUCCAGAUUCCUCCCCCUGCUCAUCCUGCCCCCGUGCAUCAACCUCCACCUCUGCCACAUCGGCCCCCGCCCCCGCCCCCCACCAGUUAUAUUACAGGGAUGUCUACUACAAAUUCCUAUAUGUCAGGGGAGGGUUAUCAAAGUCUUCAGUCAAUGAUGAAAACGGAAGGACCAACUUAUGGAGCUUUACCACCGGCCUAUGGACCACCAACUCAUCUACCAUAUCAUCCCCAUGUCUAUCCUCCCAACCCUCCACCACCAGUUCCACCUCCACCCCCUACUUCCUUCCCCCCACCCAAUAUUCCACCUCCUACUCCUGGAUAUCCUCCUCCACCUACAUACAACCCUAACUUCCCACCUCCAAGACUGCCUCCAACUCAUGCAGUACCACCUCAUCCACCUCCAGGGCUGGGAAUGCCACCGGCUAGUUACCCCCCGCCUACUGUUCCCCCAGGUGGGCAGCCACCUGUACCACCUCCAAUUCCACCACCUGGUAUGCCACCUGUAGCAGGACUUGGACGUGCUACGUGGAUGAGAUAGCAUGAGGUGAUUUGCACAACAUCCCCUUGUGUUGACUAGGCAGGAGUAGCUACCCAAAACCUACUUUGUAAAGAUGAUGAGGAGGGUAAUUUGUAUAAUUUAGAUGAAGAAAUGAGGCGGUGAAAUGAAAACUUAGCUGAUCUGUUUGCAGUAUUGUUUAUGGUGAGUUAUAUAGGCUUCUAGAUUUUAAUCAGCUUUGCAGUAUCUAUUCUAACUUUAUACAUUUGACUUAAAUUUAAAUUGUCUUGAGUUAUUCCAGCACUGGAUUACUUUGUACUAGCAAAACCAGCCAUAUUGGCUCAAUUAUAUCAGUAAGAAGAAAACUUCCUUCUAGAAAUCGGUGCCUAUUUUUGAGUAUCAAAAUAGCCAGAUACCAUGAAAUUUGCUCUGUAGUAAGAAACUUCAUUUUUAGUGAUAAUUAAAACAACACGAUGUCAAGCAUAAAAGCUACUUUAUUUAAGAGAGAUUCUGAAUGCUAGGUGACUGGAGUCAUUUUGAGGUGUUUGCCUUGCUGGUAUUUUUGUUUUGGAAUGUACUGGUAUCUUAAAGUAUUGUAUGUUUACACCUAUUUGCAAAUUCCUGUACAUAAUAUAUAUAUUUUCUAAGUGUGAAAGUCUGAAUGUAACAACCUACUGUGAUGUACAUCCUGAUUAUAAAUGGGACUACUUUGUUCACAUCUGCCCAAAUAAAAUUGCUUCUGAAUU